GCAGAAGGGGCACCUCUGCCUUUCAGAAUCCCACUCUCGCCGGUCAGUCCACCUGGCCUCGUCCGAUCCGGUGGCCUCCCCCCGUUCUAUAAGGCUGAUCCCCAAGCUGGGUUUGAGCUCCUCUCAGGUCGCUGCACUUUUGCCACGCUGUUUGGGGUGGGUAGCUCCAGCACGGCCGCUCCAUAUGAGUGCUGAAACUCAUCUGCUUGUCCACGGGGCCAAUCUAAAAAUAACGACCGCCCCCAGGCUGGGCUGUCGGGUAUCGGGUUCUAGCUGAGUUAGCUGUCCGGGGGACGGCCGCAGUGCUACUCGGUGGUUUGGGGCAAGAAAGAGCAAAAACGAAUUUCUGCAGCUCUCCUCGGUUCCUGCAUGACGUGCAGGAAUGGGGGACCUGAAGGAGGACCUGAAGAUGAUGGCUGAUGAAGGAGACAUGAAGCAGCCAUUGGCCGGUAGGAACGGCAAGAAGUCUGAGCAUGCCCAGAAGAGCUCGUUCUUCACCUGGUUCCUCGUGCUGGCCAUGCUGGGCGCCUGGACAUCCGUCGCCGUAGUGUGGCUCGAUAUCGUGGACUACAAAGAUGUGCUGGGACACCUUGCAGCAUAUGAUGUUGAUGGAGAUGGUGAAUUUGACGUGGAAGACGCAAAGAUUCUGCUAGGAUUGAAAGACAAGCCUGUUGUGGUGUCAAGUGAUGCAGGAGAAGUGGAUGAGCCAGCAGCCCGAAUGGGAGAAGAAGCCGAGCCAGAACUAAUACUAGAUGUGGAACCAGUUGAGGAAGAGGAGGUCCAGUUGAAUGUGGCAGAAGAGAAGACUGCAUCAGAGCCCAGUCUUUUGGAGGAGCCAGAGGUUGAGGAAGAAGUAGAUGCAUCAGAGCCAGUUCUGGAAAUAGAGGAAGAGGAAGUGGAGGCCAUGCCUAUAGAUGACCCCGUGGGCAAGGAGACCCUACAUACAGGAGCUGAGAAUGAUCUUCUGGAAGAAACAAGUGGUCCUGUGGAGGAGGAAUCAGAAGAAGGUGAUGCACCUGAGGAGGAAAAUGAACAAGAAUACUCUGGACCUUUGGAGGAGGGAAUACAGGAAGAUGAUACAGCGGUUGAGCAGGAAUUUACAGAAGAACCAAUACAAGAAGAAGGUGCAGUGGUUGAACAGGAAGUUGAGGAAGAACCUGUAACAGUAGAGGAGGAAGGUGCAGUUGCACAGGAGGUUGAAGGUGAAUAUGUUCCUGUGCAGGAAAUUGCUUCAGCUAUAGAUGACCAAAUGCAGAAAGAGGAGGAAUUUGCAACUGGAGUAGAAGUAGCACAAGAUGAGGACAUACCUGUGGAGGAGGUACAGGAAGAGGGUAUACAUUUAGAAGAGGAAAUACAGUACUGGAAGCAACAAGCACUGGAAGAAUCUGAGGUUGUAGAGGAAGAAGCACAAGAAGAAGCUGUACCUGUAGAGGAGGAAACACAGAAGGAAAGCAAAGAGGAGGAAGCACAAGCAGAAACUGUGUCUUUAGAAGAGGAAUUACAAGAAGUGCUUGUACCUCAAGAGGCAGAAGUACAGAAAGAGAUGGUACAGCAAGAUGCUUCACCUAUAGAGGAAGAGUCUGCACUUGUAGAAGAUGAAAUGCAGGACGAGAUUGCACCUGUAGAAGAAGUAGUACUUGUAAAGGAGGAAAGGCAGGAAGCGCUUGAGCCUGCACAAGUGAAAGUACAGGAUGAGGCUGUACGUGAAGAGGAAGACCUUGCACCUGUAGAAGAGGAAGUACAGGACGAGGCUGUUCUUGUAGAAGAAGAGCUUGCAGCAAUAGAAGAGGAAGUACUGGAUGAGACUGUACCUGAAGAGGAAGACUUUGCAGCUGUAGAAGAGGAAGUACAGGAUGAGACGGUACCUGAAGAGGAAGAUUUUGCAGCUGUAGAAGAGGAAGUACAGGAUGAGGCUGUACCUGAAGAGGAAGACUUUGCAGCUGUAGAAGAGGAAGUACAGGAUGAGACUGUACCUGUAGAGGAAGAGCUUGCACCUAUAGAAGAGGAAGUACAGGAUGAGACUGUACCUGUAGAGGAAGAGCUUGCACCUAUAGAAGAGGAAGUACAGAAUGAGGCCAUACCUGUAGAGGAAGAGCUUGAAGACGAAAUACCAGAAGAGGAAGAGGCUGCCCCUGUAGAAGAUGAAAUACCAGAAGCGGAAGAGGCUGCACCUGUAGAAGAUGAAAUACCAGAAGAGGAAGAGGCCGCACCUGUAGAGGAAGAGUCUUCACCUGUAGAAGAUGAAAUACCAGAAGAGGAAGAGGCUGCACCUGUAGAAGACGAAAUACAGGAAGAGGAAGAGGCUGCACCUGUACAGGAAGAGUCUUCACCUUUAGAAGACGAAAUACCAGAAGAGGAAGAGGCUGCACCUGUAGAAGACGAAAUACAGGAAGAGGAAGAGGCUGCACCUGUAGAGGAAGAGUCUUCACCUGUAGAAGACAAAAUACCAGAAGAGGAAGAGGCUGCACCUGUAGAAGACGAAAUACAGGAAGAGGAGGAGGCUGCACCUGUAGAAGACAAAAUACAGGAAGAGGAAGAGGCUGCACCUGUAGAAGAAGAGGCUGCACCUGUAGAAGAAGUAAAAGAGGACGCCAGAAAUGUAGUACAGGAAGAGGCCACACCUGUACAGGAAAUGGUGCAGGAAGAUAGUGUACAUGUAAAUAACGAAGCACAUGAGGAGGUAACAGAUGAAUACUUCCCUUAUGAAGAAGUUCCUGGAGUGGAAUUCCAUAAAGACAUACCAACAGACACGUAAAGCUUUGAGGCCCAGAGAAAUCUGAUGCUUUGGGCUGGGGGGAGACAAAAUUCGGUUGAAAAUGAGCCCCCACAAUACCACAAUCUCUCUCUGGACCAAGGAGUCUACAUGGGAAUAUCACUUUAAUUGUUAGAUUUUACUUGAUUUUGCUUUUGUUUUCUUUAUUUCCAUCAAUUUUCCUUCUGCAAUGGUGUGGGAAAUUUUCUUAAUUUUUGGUAGUAUAUUUUUGAUGGUGACUUUUGAUGGUGACUUUUGUCCAUUUAAUUUUUGUUGAGUUCCAGUUGGACUGUUGGAUGCACAAUUCUUUCUAUAAGGUUAAACUCUACAGUCUGUAGAUGUGCAUGUUGAUCUUAAUUGACACAUUGAAGUGUCGCAGGGUGAUGAUGUCACAGGAGAGCUGCGCAUUGGAUAUACAAAUGUGAAGGUAUUAUUCAAAAGCUGCACUGAUUUCUCACAGUGAAAUAUCCUCCACUGAAGUGUUUUAUUACCAGUAUGUAUUGAGUCUUCUCAUCUUAUUACAUGUAAAAUAUUAAGUAUGCUGGCAGGUUAAUUCACGACAAUCGUCAGGCUGAGCGCUUGCUCAGUAAGAGUGGGGUGCGUUGCUGUCUGUGUGUGUGAUUUGUUCAGUAAGGAAUUUCUCGGGAACUGUGAUCAUUGUCACAUCUAGUUUAAGGUUGAACAUGAGGUUUUGUCUCUGUUUUAAAGAUACUUUUUUCUUCUGAAAGCUGCACAGUUGUACUACAGAAGAUAGUUGUCUAUUGAGCCUCAGCCUCAAAAAGAUGACUCAAUUUUUUUUUUUGUUUAUUUCAUAUGUUGCAUUUGCUGGUCAAGAAUUAUAGGUAAACUACUAUUGUCAGUAAGCCCCUGACAUUGUUUUUUUCCCUGUGACUGUGUAUCUCAUCCAAUGUGUACAAUGUGUACAAUCUGCCCAAUGUGUAAUCCUGCCCCUGUUUAAAAUGCAGUUCUUAGCUGGCAGGAGUGCCUAUGCACAGCUGUCAGGUAGGACCCCAGAGAGGUGUCCUGGAUGCUGCCUGUGCAGUGCUGUCAGGUAGGACCCCAGAGAGGUGUUCUGGGUGCUGCCUGUGUGUGAGUGUGGUUCAAGACGUGAACUAACCCUUUUGGGGCUUGCUACAUCUAUUUAUCAGAAAUAAAUCAAACUUGAACAUAAUCUUUUUUGUUUUUUUCUCUAGGUAUAUUAAUUGUAAAGUGAGUUUACAGCCAGCGAUAUUGCUAACCAUUGUGAAUGAUCACUCCUUUGUCCUGAUGUGGGACUUACGAUGGAUUUUGUUAGUCAGGUACAGCCAGUGUGGCUUAACUACGAACCUGACGCUUGUGAAGGAAUCCCGGUCAGUGCAUCCCACUGGGCCCACUGUGUGUUUCUUUGCUGGGCUUGUCUGCUGCUUUGUUCCCACCCUGCUUCUGUGGACAUUGUGAUCUGGGGCCUGCCAGAAUAAAUUGUAGUCAUGUGACAGGAAGUGCUGACAUGCAGUUCUGUUCUGAUUGGUGGAGGCCAAGGGCUUUAUUUUGAUUUAUGUAUGAGGAUGUGUUAGGUUUAAGUUUUUUUUUCCUUCAUGCCUUACUAUGUCAUGUUCUCUAUUGUUAUUUGGCUGUGAAAGUUCAGGUGGUUGUGUGCUUGACAAUUAGGAUUUUACAGUAUGCAUUUGCUCCAGAGUUUUGACACUUUUCUAGAUAUUUUAAAUUUAUUUCCCCCCCUCCUCAAGUUAUAUAUAUGAGAUUCAGGCAUGGCGUUUAUAUGCAAUAUCACUUCCAGGGAAAGAUGUUGAACAGCUGAACAGCUAGCAAAAAAAAAAACACUAUAGAAUAAUUCUUACUGCAGUUCAUAUUUGAACAGAGGUUUACAAAAUCAGCAUAUUUCGUCAAUGGUUUACAUAGUUCUGCUGUAGAAGUGUUACUUUAAAUUAUUCUGUGUUUGCAUUGGAAGUUUCCCUGUCUUUCAGCUCCAAUAAAGGUUUUCAACAAUUUA